CCUCAGCAGAGCCGGGAGUAAACGAUGCAUCCAAAGAGUUUGUCUGUUAUAAUAAAAACCCAUGCAAUGAUGUCAUGUAUUUCAACAAAAACUACGGAGCUGCAGAACCAUUUUUCACCAGCCUUCAUUCGAGUAUACAAAAAGCAGAGUUAGAAUUAGCCAACCCCAAUGACUACCCGCUACACUACAAUGUGGGACAUGAGGAACAGUUUGAUUUCAUAGUGGUUGGGGCAGGUUCAGCCGGCUCUGUAGUGGCAAGUAGGCUGUCAGAGGUGGGUGACUGGAGAGUGCUACUAGUAGAGGCUGGUGGAGACCCUCCUGUGACGUCAGAGGUUCCAUCGCUAGCUGCAUUUCUACAGGAUACUGAAGUCGACUGGCAGUACAGAACAGAUGCUGACGAGGAGAACUGUAUAGGAAUGGUAGGGAACCAAUGUAAGUGGCCAAGAGGAAAGGUUCUAGGUGGAUCGAGUACCAUAAAUUACAUGAUGCAUACACGAGGACAUCCGAAAGACUUUGACAGUUGGGCAGCUGCGGGAAACAAAGGGUGGAGCUACGAAGAGGUCUUGCCGUACUUCAAGAAAUCCGAAAACUUGGACGAUCCUUUGAUUUGGGCAACGGAGGAUGCUAAAAUAUAUCAUAAUAGAGAUGGUUUGCUGACGGUUGGCUCAUGGGCUGAGAAUAAAGUGAAAGAAGCUAUAGACGUUGUUGCAGAAGGUCUAGCAGAUAUCGGAUACCCAUUCAAUGCGGAUCUCAAUGGAAAAAAUCAUUCUGGAUUUACAAAAAUGUCAGGAACCAUAAGAGAUCAACGAAGAUGCUCUUCUGCAAAAGCUUUUCUAACGCCUGCCAAAAAUAGAAGGAACCUAUUUCUGUCCAAAAACUCACUUGUAACCAAGAUAUUUAUAGACACACAACGGAAAAAGGCUCAUGGAAUACGUCUGAUAAACAGAGAAGGAAAGGUGAUUGAGGUCAAAGCGAAAAAAGAAAUAAUUGUAUCAGCUGGAGCUAUCAAUUCACCACAACUGCUCAUGCUAUCAGGUAUAGGGCCCGAGCGGCAAUUACAAGAAUAUGGGAUUCCAGUAAUAAAGAAUUUGCCAGUUGGAGAGAAUCUUCAAGAUCACUGCCUCAUGAUAACGAUGGCUUCAACGUUAAAUAUAAACGUUACACUUUCACCACCUAACGAUCAAGACACAUUGAACUUUCUUUUAAAAAAGCCGGGAAGUCUAACCUCUCCUAACUCCUUUCCAUUUGCAGCCUUCAUAAACACAGCUGAUGGAGAUAACCCUGACAUAGAGCUGCUUCAAAACCACGUCUCCAGAAACGAUAAGAACUCUAUUACUGGCCUUUUAAAAUUGUUCAACUUCAAAGACGAAUCACUAGAAAAUUUUAUAAAAAUUAAUAAAAUUGACUACACAAUUAUCUGGCUUGCCUCUUUGCUGAAGCCUUAUAGUAGAGGGAGAAUUUUAUUGCAAAGCACCCAGCCAAACAUUUAUCCCAAGAUUGUUGCAGGGACAUUUACGGAUCAGCGUGAUGUUGAAACGUAUCUUAAGGUUUAUGAUUUCAUUUCAAGGCUAGUUGAUACUCAAGCUAUGAGGAGUGUUGGCGCAAAGUUCCACGAAAUCAAGGUCCCAGGGUGUAGUCAACAUGAGUUUGCUUCUCGUGCGUACAGGGAAUGUGCUAUGAGACAUCUCACAGGGACUACCUACCACUACAGCGGGACUUGCAAGAUGGGUCCUGCCGGGGACUCCUCAGCAGUAGUGGACCCUACUCUCAGGGUACAUGGUGUAGAAGGCCUCAGAGUCGCUGAUGCUUCAGUCAUGCCUACCGUCGUCUCUGGCCAUCCCAACGCCGCCAUCGUCAUGAUUGGUGAGAAAGUGGCAGACCUGAUCAAAGGAGAUUGGUUAUCACGCUAAAAUAAACGUAUUUUAGAAUUAAGAAUGAAUACAUGGUGCCCACAAAAGAUUAGUACAAUUUCAUCCAUUAGCCAUGCUGUUACAUUUCAACACACAAUGUUCUUCCUUUGUUUGUUGUAUCGGCUACAUGCUUAAAUUUAGUAUUACUCAUGUUUUUUCCGAUUUUGUUCAUCCGAAUAGGUAUUGUCACCUAAAAUAGAAAAUUUUGACUAAUUGAUUUAAUGGACAAGUUUGGCAUAUUGGCUUCCUAGUUUUUUCGACCAAAUUCUACGUGUUUUCUCUUUGUUGGGUGAAUGAAAGACAUUGAAAAUCUCAGAUAAUGAGCUAAUAGAUAACAUUAUGAAUGUCUUUCUUCAGGAUUCCAAAAAACGCCAUUUCCAUUUAAAUUCAUGUUUAAAAUCGGUUGUUUGCAUUUUGUUUUAAUUUUAGAGAAAUGUUGUCAGAGUUUUCUUCCUUAAUUUAUCAACUGAGAUGUUUUGUCUGGUAGACUAUGUCCCUUUUUACCAUAUAAUAAGGCUAAACCCCAUUAUAAGGGGUGAUGUCAGGAAAAGAAGUAAGUUAGUAUGUUUGCCAACCUCGUCUAUUUUAUAUGCUAGCAA